UGGACCUCACUAUAUCAGAAGGUAUAAUCAAGAUCAACUAUAGAAUAGACCCCAACUAUUAAUUCAAGAUGGCGCCGGUUUAAAAUAAAUACUGCAUAAACCAGUUGACAAAAUUUGAUCAGCUGAUAGAUUGGUACAAAUAGGAGUUGAGUCUUUUGGUAACCAUCUGGUUUAUAAAGUAUGGUAUUUUUUCUUCACCUUAGACAAGUUAUAGAAUAGACACGGCCGAUUGUAUAAUUAUUCACACUGGAAGUCAAUAAAGCCAACAUCUACUGCCAUAGGCCUAUCACCAAAUCGUGAUGUCAGCAUUAGAUAGAAAACUUUUCUGUAGAGUUUGUUCACGUUGUUUUCCAUAGCAGAUUGUUUCUAUUUCAGCGGGAUCACAACGGGAGUUUAUCAUUUUAAUGAAUAAUAAUUUACAACCUUUUGAAAUGGACACUAUCUGAAAGUUUCCUAUCCGAUGAUGAUGUCACGAUUUGGCAAUAUGGCAGUAGAUGUUGGCUUCAGAGGCUAGACUUCCCAGGGUGUCUAUUCUAUAACUGGUCUAAGUUCUCGACCCAUGCCAUGUUGAAUCGAGGGUUGGGGUUUGUCAUUCAGUUGGUCCUGGUUUAAUCUGCAAACUGUACAGUAGUGUGAGGUUUCAGGCAUGACCUCAUAGUAGGGUAAUCCUCAGAAAUGUUGAAAUCAUAAGCACUCUGUUUCAUUGAGUUUAGUUCAAACAAUCUUUGAAGAAAGCAAUCCUCAAGUGAGAUUUUCAUUAUUCAAGUUACUUGAAUUCAAGUUUUGUAUAAAAUGAAUGUAUUUUGCAAACUUGAAGACAAGUUUACAAGAACAGAAACUCAAAUUCACAAGACCCUUCUCCAAGUUUUGUAGAUGUUGAACAUGUUUAACUCUUGGAUUCAUCUUGAAUCUUGAAGGUCAAUGUAGAAUUCACAAAACUUUGUAAUUUGAUUUUUCAAUUUAAUUAAAUACUUUUGAGGCUAUUGAAACUUGAAUUCCAAAUGUGACCAACUCAGCCAUUGACUUGUUUACAGGGAGAAGAGUGUGGAAGCCACAGUGGAUUCAGUCCAGUUCAGAUGCAGCCAGACUACUUGGAUGGUCAAGUUCAAGACAACUCAAGAUCACUGCCCCAUUCACAACAUCAAGGACCAGACAUGGACAACUGUGAUUGGCCAAUCCAUGAACCAGAUCAACAUCAAGACACCAUUGAAGAUAAGCAUCACAUCCAACUCAAUGUGGAUAAUAAAAGUGUAUACUUGAACCACAAUUACUCCAAACAUCCCAUUGAAAUAAUUUGGAUCAAACCAGAGGAACUAAUUGAAGAAGAUGAAGAAGAAGAACAACAACAACUUGGAGUAGAAGUUGAAGUGAGAAGUGGAGAAAUAAAGCAAGAGAGUGACACCUGUCUGCAGAUUGAAAGCAUCUAUUCUCUCUCCUCAGAUAGACUAAACUCUGACCCCUCUGUUAUUGAACAAAUAAAAUUUGAAACUGGUAAAAUUAAGGAGGAACAACAAUCUUUUGAAACAGACCAUUCAGAUGCAUUGAUGCAAAUUGAAGGUUUUUCUUCUGAUGGAGUAUCUGAGAAUUAUGAGAGUGAAAGUGUAUCAUCUGGACUGUACAUACCAUACUUUGCAGAACAAGAAGGUUCAGGCUCCCAUAGGUCUGUUGAUGCAACUCCUGGAAACUUUAUGAUGAAAGAUUCUGGAAAAAUUGGCAAUGAGGUGGACUUACUAAUCGAAAAUGCAAGGGAGAAUGUGAUUGAUGCAGCAAGUGAUAGUGAAUUAACAAGGUGUCAAUUGUGUGGUGAUGAAUUCAGCAGCACUAAAGAAUUUAAUCUUCAUUGCAGAAUACACACAGCUGGAAAACAUUAUGCUUGCAAAUUCUGUAACUACAAAACAAAAUGGAAAUCACAACUCAUCACUCAUCUAAGGACACACACAGGUGAAAGACCCUUCAGCUGUGAUUUCUGUGACUACAAAGCAAAACAGAAAUCAUAUCUUAUCACUCAUCUAAAGUCACACACGGGUGAAAGACCCUUCAGCUGUGAUUUCUGUGAUUACAAAGCAACACAGAAAUCAAAUCUCAUCAAUCAUCUAAGGAAACACUCGGGAGAAAGACCAUUCAGCUGUGAUCUCUGUGACUACAAAGCAACACUGAAAUCAGAUCUCAUCAAUCAUCUAAAGUCACACACAGGUGAAAGACCCUUCAGCUGUGAUUUCUGUGAUUACAAAGCAACACGGAAAUCACAUCUUAUCACUCAUCUAAGGACACACACGGGAGAAAGACCCUUCAGCUGUGAUUUCUGUGAUUACAAAGCAACACGGAAAUCAACUCUUAGUAGACAUCUAAAGACACACACUGGAUUAGACCCUUUAGCUGAUAUUUCUGUGACUACAAAGCAACACUGAAAUCACAUCUCAUCACUCAUCUAGAGACAUACACAGGAGAAAGAUGCUGAUCACAGUUCAAUAGCACUGCCCCAUUUUCUCUUCAUGUGCCUGUCAUUGGCUACCUCUCUUCAUGUGCCUGUCAUUGGCUACCUCUCUUCAUGUGCCUGUCGCUGGCUACCUCUCUUCAUGUGCCUGUCAUUGGCUACCUCUCUUCAUGUGUGUGAUUUUUUGGUCAUGAGAAAUUUAUUUUCUUUUGAAAAAUAAAUUUUCUCACAUUAAGAUUUUGCUAACUUGAGUCCGGGAAGACCCAAAUUUUUUGCAGGGUUGAAGUAUUCUCACGGAUACAUAUUUCCAUUAGCAAUGGAAAAUACUACUCCUGUAUUUGGGAAUAUUUCAAACUUGCACUUUCCUUUCCCACGGAAUUGUGCUCUGCCUCCACAUAGACCAUCAUCUCGUUGGUGGAAGGGGAACAUGAUUUGUGUGGGAAAGAUCAGUUCCAAUCAAGCUGCGGCUGGCAUCAGAUAAAAAUCUAGAGGUAGCCUGGGGCCUCGAAGGCCCUAAUUGAACAUGUUACAUGUGGUGAAAUAUAAGUAGUGUAUAACUUCUAAAAAUGUUUGAUUCGAUUUCUUAAAAUUAUUCAAAGUAGUUUGAAUUGUGGAUGUUUUCUAUUGUUUAUUAUGAAUCUCAGUGAAAUUAACAACAAUGUUGUGUAGUGCAAAGUUAUAGUCGUGAUGAGAUUAAUAGUUCUAAAGAUUGCAAGUGACAUUAUAUUUUCUAGCUCAUGUUUCAGAAACCCAAAUUGACCGAGUCCCCAAAUUAUUCCUUGUAGUAGUAGAUGAAUAAAGAUCACUCUACCAUCUGUGACGAUUCUUUUCAGUGGCUACUUAAAAAACUAGUUCUUUAAAUCAUAUUAUGAAAAUCAAGGCAGAGGCAGCAAACAAUCUCGAAAUGUAAUAAUUAUCAACAUUACCAUUAACUGAUAACAAUAUCAAAUUGAAUCAGUCUCUUCCAGUAAACCAAUUGAGUUCAUAUUACUUAUUAUAUUAUUUAUUCUAUGAAUUAUAAAAUUAUUAUAUUAAAAUCACAUUUAUAAGUUAUGGGAAUGUUGUGGUAAACCUAACCUAAAACGUUUGAAUGCUUAGAACACUAGUAUAGAGUUGAGAUCAAUUAGACCUGCAUAUUGUAUAAUAUAAUGUGAUGGCAUGUUUAUUUGUUUAUUAUUAUUUUUCGUUAUUGUGUAGGAUAGAAAAAAGGAAUCUAUAAUAAUAAGCUAAUCAAAAUUAUUAGCACAAUAAAUGAGUUUAUUUUUGAAAAACAAAUUAUAAAAAAGAUAUAGUAUUCUGAUGUACAAUAAUAGCAAAAAGUUACAAAUACUCUUUGUAUGUAAGUCUACAUUGACAAACGGUAUUAUUCAAUUUAAUUACAUUUAUUGUUUGGAUUAUCAACAAAUAAAUAUUAAAUAGAAGCGAUCUUGCUAGAUUCAUUCCUCUCUGCAUGAACAACCAAUCAGAGGACAAAGAAAGGGAUACCAAAAUUUGAAUUGUUGAGAUGCAACACAGAAUGUUGUGAUCUCUGUUAUUGUAAUUUUAUGUAUUAUUAUAAUUACCUACACUGUUGGAAUUGAACUGUAUUUUGAAAUGAUUGAAUUAUAUUUAUGUUUUAAUGUAUUUAUUUGUCUUGUAAGUCAGGGAAUUGAAUGUAAACAAAGGAACCAUUUUUCAUAAAAAUAUGAUGUGUGCACUACGUCAUUCAGCUACAACCAAUAGCAAUCAUGCUAUGCAAAUUAGAAACAGAGAGAUUCAAAGAAUUGUAAGCUUAAUUCGUGGAAGGAGUUUUCUUCUCUAGCACUGACCUUGCCCUAGUCACACGUUCUGAGUAAACUUGCAUUUUUGUUGAAAAAUUUUACGUAAAUUGUUUCUUAAUUGUUAAUUGUAAAGUUCCUUUUGUUUGUGAAAAUAAUAAUUAAUGUAAAAUACCUGAUUGAAUCUACAUGAAUUGCUGAGUAAUAUACCAGCAACACGUUUUACUUGGAGGCCAGAAAAUCCAGCACAUGGCAGAGGAAUAAUUAUUUGCGAACCAAGGAAAAAGGAAAACAGAGUCACGUGAGUUGUUCUUCUAGUAAAUAUUAUUGGGGCCCCAAGUGAUAUAAAUUCUAGUGAAAAUUAAUGGUCAUGACCAGAUUGCAAUCAGGGAAUAUCCAAUGUUAAUAAACAUUAUAAUAAUCAUCAUUAAAUUAAAUUAAUUUAUAAUCUGUCUAUCGAUCAAGCUAUUCCAAAGCAGAACUCACAACCCUGUAAUUAUCAUUUUAUCAUAUCAUUUUCUUUCAAUUCUUAAAUAAUUAUUAAAGUAUAAAUUGUACAUGUCUGGUAUUGUUAAACCAGAACACAUUAUAUUGAUCACCACUAUUCACUUGAAAAAUUAUAAUUUACUAUCUGCUUACCUUGAAAAUUGUCAAUAUAUUGAAAUAACUGAUUA